AUGGAAACGACGGAUGGCUCAGUUGACCUGGAAGCAGGUAGGAUUACGGGGAAUGGGACCCAAGCAGAGCCAACUGGUGCAGAAGGAAAUGAAAGAAUAAGAUAUCCGUGGAUAGAAGAGUCAAUCAAGUUACUGGAAAGUGAUCCUCAGUAUGAAUCUCUGGUGAAACGAUGGAGAUCUGAUAUUAACGGACAAUUUCCCCAAACUGAAAAUUUAGAGGCUCUGGAGGGGUAUGUUAAUAGUCGUUACGGUCGUCUCGUAGCUCCCAUCUACGCAGUGAUCGAAUCGAAACAAGCCGAGCUGUCUAUUCGAACUUUUUCCAAGUCUGAAGAAAGCAAGUUUUGCCAGUCUCUUAGGACGGGAGACGUGAGCGUUGAUUCCCGCGCAGUGGUCAUUGAGCUAUCUUGUUUCGAGUGUUCUAAGCGUAAAGUAGAAGAGGAACAUGUUCCGUAUGAAUUAUGGAAGGCCCUACCUAGCAAGGCCAUCACAGAAGCCCUGGGCUCUACCUACCAUUUGCACCCUUCUAUCUUCCAGAAUAUGAUGCAUAUGAAGGAGCGGAGCUUUUGGACAAGCCCUUCGUGCAAUGGUCGAAGCACAAAGGUUAAUUCUUCGUACAAUCCACUCUCCCAACAUCCUCAAAUGGCUCGAUUGAACUCAACACACAUUUGCAUUAGCAUUGAAGAAAUAUCUUUCACCGGAGAAUCCGUCGAGCCAAAAUGCAAUCUAUGGCUUACAAGUGAUGAUGUCAACAACACAAUUGUUAUCUUCUGGAUGCCAGCAGGAGCGAAAUGCCCAAUGCCGAGAAGAGUGCCUCGUGAUGCGACCACACUCACGACACAGACGUAUACGAACAUCGAUAGAUCCCCAGGAACUGAACUGCCUUUUGAAACCACCACUUACCUGUUGGUAAGUAUAUUAGAGCGGGUUUUGACCGAGAUCAAAGGCUUCUCGCAAUCGCAAAUCCAAGCCGCAAACAAGACCCCCAUCGACUUCGUUCUCCCUUUCCUCGAUAGCUUUGAGCUGCCAUUUUUGUCUAGGAUCAUGGAAUUGCGGGAAUCUCACAAGCUAUGGUACGACCAGCAAAAGCGGAGUUAUGGUCGCCCACAUACUCAAGCUGCGAAGUUUGACUCUUUGAUGUCGCUCGCGUGGAAGAAAAGCCGUUUCUCAAUCGAAAACUUCCAGGAAACGGUUGACCAACUAGAAGAUGUUCACAAUGGGCUCUACUCUCGGUUUAAACAACAUGCCAAGCAAAGUAAAGUGCUAGCAAUCACAAUCGCACGGCAGACCCGUGCUUUACACAAAGGUCGCAUCCUAGAGCAACAUGUCCGCGAGGAGCUUCAAGUGAAUAGUGCAGGCCUGUCACUCCAAGAGUCCAGAAAAUCUAUCGACCAGGCCAACUCAGUCGGCCGUAUAUCAUUUCUGGCAUUUAUCUUUCUUCCCUUAUCUCUAGUGAUGUCUUUUUACGGGAUGAAUAUCUCAGAUAUCACUGGUUCUGGAGCUUCUUGGAAAGCCUUCUUGGGUUCUCUGAUAGCUCUCUGCGUCUUGGUAGUUUUAGUGUGUGCGAUAAUGUGGAAACCCGAAAGCUGGCUUUUAUACACCAACUUUUUGCGUAUUUGUGUCCAAUUUUUCGCACGCCUUGAGCGGUUUCUUACGGAAAUAUGGGAAAUUUUGAUAAUAAUACUUGUCUCCUGGUUUGUAGACCCAGUCAUCAAGCUUGUCAAACGCCUCAAUUGA